CGACGAACUGUUCGGUUAUCCUCUUUGUUUGCUCUUCUGCCUUCUCCUUUUCCCUUUCUCUUUGUUUUCAAUUCUCCCCUCUCUCUUUCUCUCACUCACUCACUCACUCAUUCUCUCUUUCUCUGUGAUACAAUUCUUCGUCGUCUUUUCUUACAGUCCCAGUGUUACUCUCUUCAUCUCUCUAUCUUUUUCUCUCUCUCUCUCUAUUUUCUUAAGUGCAUCCUUAUUAUUUUUUUUUUGUUUUGUUUCGCGCGUCUCAACAAUUUGCUACAUAUUUCCUACUUCUGGAUUUCUUUUUGGUUUGCAACGAAAUUUAUCGUCUCGAAGAUUUCCAUAAUGACGUCAAAUAAUUUACGAACAGAUUUUAGAAAGUUGAUUCAAGAGGAGGGUUCUGUUAAAAAAACUAUCAUCACUGGAUUAGCCGAGAUGAUGGGUACAUCGAUAUUGUUGUUCCUUGGAUGCAUGGGAUGUGUUAGCGGUCUUGGUGUCAUCCCACCUCAUUUACAGAUCACAUUAAAUUUUGGCCUAAGCGUUAUGAUCGUUAUACAGUGCUUUGGACACAUUAGUGAAGCUCACGUUAAUCCCGCCAUCACAGUCGGUUCAGUGGUACUCGGCAAGAAAACUAUCCCAGAGGCCUUGGUUUAUUUGUUGGCUCAAACGUUAGGCGCCGUCUCGGGUUAUGGCAUGUUAAGGGUGGUUACACCUAAGGAGAACUUAACAUUAGGAGGAUUAGAUGAUGCCGACAAAUUAUGCGUCACCGAUUUACACCCAAAUGUAUCAGCAAUUCAAGGACUUUUAAUCGAAAGUUUAUCUACUUCGGUUUUGAUGUUGGUCACCUGUGCACUUUGGGAUUCGAGAAACGCAAAGAAUACGGAUUCUGUGCCAUUAAAGUUUGGUUUUACGGUUGCAACUUUAGCCACAGCAUUUGGCCCUUAUACUGGUUGCAGUAUGAAUCCAGUCAGAUCGUUGGGACCAGCUAUUUGGAACAAUCAAUGGAAUCAUCAUUGGAUAUAUUGGUUUGGUCCAAUCGGAGGUGCUUUAUUAACUUCGAUAUCUUAUCGCAUGAUUUUUGGUGUUCGACAUUCAAUGGAAGAGGAAAAUAUACCUGAAAGAGUAGCUCUUAAUAGCAUCGACAUUUCUCAAAAAACAGAAAUUAAAGAGCAACCUUGACUUUACUCCCUGGAAUAAACUCUCAUGGAAAUUGGCCAAACUACUAUCGUCCGCCAUUUUGAACGACGUCCUUUUUGAGAUUCUCGAAUGUGUAAUGUUCAAAAGACAACAGGGAAAUGCCAGGAAAGUUAGCAACGAGAUGGGACGGUCUGUUCAAUAGUCACUGGCCUACUAACAAAGUAACAACGUUAAAGAAGGGAUGAUAAAACUUAGAAGUCUCAAUAAUUGUUGGAAAUAAGUUAUUCAAUUGUAAUAAUCAUACGAUAUCUAAUACUCGUAAGUCGUUUUGACUUGCGUGGACUGACGAAAAAUCAUUUUUCAUAACGAGUU